ACAACAAGCAUAAAAAGUGCUGCUGUCCCGAGAGCGCAGACGGACAGCACGGCGGCGCUCGUUGGACCAAUUACGAGCCGGCUGAGCGUGUUUUUUUUCUGGGCGGCCUCUGCUCCCUCUCUCGGUCCUCCAGUAGCACAGCGAACAACCAGCAGCAGGACAAACAGUACCGGACACACACCGACAGCUUCACCAUGGGGUCGUCACGGGCUCUGUUCUGCUUUACGGCGUUUGUCUUUGUUUUACUGAGUUCAGCAUCCGAGGGUUGGUACUACUACUGACUUCUUCAUGUUGUUGUUGUCUUAACAUAAAGUUGUUGUGGCGCGUGCUUCUUGACUAAUAGCCGGGCUCCAUUUUAGUUCGGUCAGGCUGAUAUAAACUGCGUUUAUUCAGCAUAUAGCCUAACUAAACAGGGAUUGAAUGAAGAGGUCUCUUCUGAAGUCUAACAUCUGUUCACAAAAGUAAUAUCAGGUUUCAAAGUAGGAACCAUGUACAGGUAGCUUUGCGUUUGUUUGACUGGGAAAUAUCAAUAUUACAGCCAUAUUAGGUUGUAAUCUAUAAAAGAUUUUGCAUAGGGGACGUUGAUACAUGAGAAAGAUUUAAAAAUAGCUUCAAUUUGACUACCUACUUCAUGGAAGUAAAAUAUGAUGCAAAACGUAUUUAACUCAGUUUAAAUAGAUAUAUCUUUUGAAAUGUGAAUUUUAUGCAAACUGAAAGCAACAACUUAUUUUCUCACAGUAGUUUUUCUUUUAUGACACAACUAAAGGAACAAUUUUUCCACCGUUGGCCUCCUUCCAGCAUCAUUUGUGCAUUAAAAAAACAGUGAAGUGUUGCAUAACUUUGUCUGGCUCUCUGCUUUCCUCUCUCUCUCUCUUUCUCUCUCUCUCUUUCUUUAUGUGCACAAUUUUCCAGAUGAGCGCAUGUUUGAGCAGCGUGAGGUCACCUUUGACCUUGACAAAAUCAUGCAAGGUGAGUGUAUUCACAUACUAGUGCAGUAUCUCUGCAGGGACCAAUUAGAAGCUCAGAUGUUCACAGUGGCAUUUAGCCAGACCUCACUACUUUGAGUGGUUGUUUUCAGGUUAGAACCAAGGUUUGAGACUCCACUGGUUUUACUUAUACAUAAAGCUCAGUUUGCAGGUCAUGGGAUGUUCAAUUUUACAUUUACAAGACUGUGAAUAAAGUGUGUCUUGUGUCCUUUUAAAAAAAUAUAUAUAUUUUUGAUUCUUGUGUUUCAGAGCUGGAGGACCCGAAUAAGUUCAUGUUGCAGUCAGAAGUGGACUUGUCAGACCUCCUCGAUCACAAAGGUAUUAUCUCUUUACCUGCAUGUGUACUUUGAACAUUUGUCAUUUCCACCUCCAAUGUUUUCUGCCCUAACCUGCUUUAGCCAGGUGAGUAAUUAUUUCUGCAACCAAAGCUGAUGUCACCAUCAUUGCACUACUUGACUGUUAAUAGGGUUCUUCACAGAGCAGGUGAGGGUGCCUUCACAAUGGUAUAAAGAAAAACUCUUAUGAAGCACUCUUAAAUGAUCUUUUUAUUCCAUCAGAGAGUUCCAGUCCAGGAAUCCUGACACCAAGAGGGCGUUAGUAUCUGCUUUCUUGUCUUUUCUUUAAAUUUUGAGGUUCCUUAUCAGGAACACCCUUUACUGUGAAAAUAUCAAACUACUGUAUGAUUUCCAAAAAAAGGUCAGCCAAGUUUUGGACCAAGGUCUGCUGGGGGUCCUCCUAUACUGGACUACGAAGUCCAGUUUCCCCUCGGCCGUCCAACCGCCGACAAUCUUGAAGCCAUCUGUCUCCAUGGAGACCAUCGUCCUCGCUACCCAGACUCCUACUUUCCUGCCUCUGGUUUUGGCCAGCUGAGGCGAAGAGCCAGUGCCAUCAACAGGGCUGAGUCCUGGUUCAGUACGUGCUGCAAAGGGAACCAGACGUGGGGAAGGGAAGUGACACUGUGUUGCGCCACACAGGCAGUAAGUUUUUUGGAUAGAUGAUGUAGCUGAUUGAGCAGAUUUUCUCUUAGUAUGAAAAUAGGAUCACUGUCUGUUCUUGACCUGAUUGCCCUCAGUUUGGUCUUAGUUUGGCUUGUAGAGGCUCAUAUGUGGAGUCCUGUGAGUGUUUUUUCUCUUUCUUAACAUCAUCGCACUUACAGCUGGACUGAUCAGCUUCAUAUGUUAAGUGCACAGUCAUUUCUCUAGGCUCAGCAUCAUUUGAGGUAUAAGUGACUCACAACCACUGAAAAAAACAACAUUUAUUAACUCCUGACUCUUCAAUCUUCUUUAAGCUAUAGGUCACUGGCCUCAGUUUUGAGUCUCUUCUGGUCUCAAAUCAAAUAACAUUGUUUUUUCAAUUGAACAUUUUCAAACUUCCAAGAACAGACUACAUAAAAGACCACAGUUUGUCUAAAUGUGUCAAAACAUUUCCUAAUGCUCUAAAAAUGAGAAUAUGUUUAUGGUAAACACUUGAAAAAUAAUGUGACAGGAAUUUUGGGCAACUUUGACUGUCCUUAGAAGCAGGGGGAGUAGCAGGGAACAUGAUGAGGAAUGUAGUAUAUUAUGAUUGAUUCAAUGUUGAGACAGAGUAGGGGUGAAAAUUGUUGUCCAUCUAACAGCUUGUGUGAAAACUGUUCUCAGAGUCUUGAUACAAGCAGAUUUUUCCGUAGCUUCAUAUUUAUUUAACCUUGAUUACUAAAUCAGUUACACAACAGGCUUUCUAUCAUAUACUCAAUUGAAGCAGAGCUGUUUUAUCUACUGUGGGUAUAAAAAAGGAUCUGAGCAUUCCUCACAUUGCAGAGAUGAUUGUACUUGCAUUUUUUAAACAAAGUUGAAAGCCUUGGGCAUUGCCAGUAGAUAAGUACGUCAAAUGCAGCCCAGCUUUACAGACAUAACAGACAGGCCUUGGCAUGAGUAUUGGUGAACUAUCUGAGGGCAAGAGACAAACCUGUUUCAGAUUAUUCAGUGAAGAAAACAUCACCUUAAUCCUAACGCCUUUUCUGUGAUUAUCCACAGUUUUUAUUCAGAAUAUGACCUGCAGCAGGCUGAGAUUAUGUCGGUGUUUAAGGACUUGAUUUGUACAACCUGUCUUAUCUGAGCUUUUUUUCUGUACCUGCCACAGUGGGAGUUGUCUGUUCAAACAUUCUGUGAGGAGGACUCUUCGGUAAAGGAUCGUCUCUAUAACUGCUGCAGACUAAAAGGUAGUGACAGGCUAAAGUGCUUCAGCAACGACGCUCCAAAUCCAAACUACAAGCCCACAGAGGAGCUUCCGGUAACAGCGCUUCCCUCUGCUGACAGCUUUAACUUUGACCCCAACACUUGCCAGAGGUAUGAUGAAAUAUGUUAAGAGCCGCGAUAAACUUACACAGUUUGAGUUAAGUAGCUUUACCAAGAAUUUGUAUCUAAAUUAAUCAACUCUAAGCCAAAAUACAUACUCCCUUUGCUGGGACUAUAAGGAGCUUUCAUUUUGUGUUGAUUUUAGUAACCUCUUAAGAGGAAAUCAGCAUACUGUAUUUUUAUGUAGCACCAUACUAAUGCCUUAAAAAGUAAACAAAAGCAAGCAUUAUAUUUUUGCAAAACUAACUUAACAAAAGGAAGAGAACAAAAUGACAUGAACGCAACCUAACUUUCUGACUUAAAAUAGGAAGGGAAAAGUGAGAACAAAACAUGAAGGUAGCUCACCUGGACUGCCCUCAAACAACAGUCAGCUGAAAAACUCUAUGAAUGUAAUGGAAACACAAAUAAAAAAUCCUAUUGCAAACACACACCAAUCAGAGGAUACAGAGUUUGUAAAAAAUGAGACGAGCCACUGGUGACAGUUUUCAGCCACAGAACUAACUGAGAACUCAGACUCUCAGGAUGCUGAGAAUCAAACUCGUCAUGCUGACAGCUCCCUCUUUCCAGCCAACCACUGCCGUCCACUUACUAACAGUGGCAUAAAGGCAAGCACACACGCAUGCACACAGAGCAAGCGAAGCCCUCAGAAAUGGGUUUCACUGUCUUGAACAGUUAUCAGUACCUAGAAACAUGUUUUUCAAAAUUUCCUAUUUUUGUACCAUGGAAAAGAUUUUAAAAAAUACAGCUCUUGGCUACUCACACUAACAAGCUACGUAUGUGUUGCCACAGACCAAAAUUUAUUAUACUUUUAAGCCAAACUUUAUCUGAAAAAAAUAUUUAAAACUUGUUAAUAAGCCUAUUUUUUGCACAGGGAUUCUUAUUUAAAAAACAGUCAGAUUUGACCUUAUUCUACAUAUUUAAUAGUGCCCUGAUAAUAAAAAAACACAAUUAAAAUGAAUCCAGGAAGUAUUGAAUAUUGUCAGAUUUGUACUAUGCUGUGUUAUUAAAUGCAGCUUGAAGAUAAAUAUGAUCUAAGGUGCUCUAUUUGAAUAAUGGCUAAUUAUUUUGUAAAUUUAACUGCAUUUUUUCAAAGAUUGAAGGCUUAUCAUCGAGCCAGUAUUAUGCCACCGUGGUCUCUAUAAUGUGCCAUGUGUUACUUCUAUGGACAGCUUGAUUGUCUUGUGCAGACUCACUAGAUAACACAGUAUAGUUUUCUGCAGCGAAACCUCGGCUGCAUCAAUGUUGUGGUCCAGCUCUAAUAAAUGACAGGGCAGCAGCUCUUUGGAACUGAUGAACAAAACCAGUUUAGAGAAACCUCACCCUUCUCAUCCUGGACAUGUAUGAAAAACUACAUUAUGUGUCAUCUAGUGAAAACAAAACAGAGCUGCUGAACUCAUUUCCGGUGAUUAAAAUUUGUCAUAACCACUAAAAGAGUUCAUGUAUUAAUCUAAGUAUGUCUCAUGUAUUACAGGUCAGUGAUGACUCCGUACAGCGUCAAAGGAAACAGAAGAAAGAAAAUGAAGAAACAGCCUACUUUCCAGAAAAUUGACAUCAUUUUUCCUCCUGGAAGACCAACUGUGCAUGUCAUUGAACCCCUGUGCCACAACCAAAAGCUGCGUCCUCUCUAUAAUAUCAGGUGUCUGCCAGAUUCAGGCUACGAACAGGUGGCUCGUCAAGCGAAGACCGUCAAUCGUAUAGAAAAGGGAUUCAAACAGUGCUGCAGACAGAACCGAAAUGUACUCAACUGUGCUGAUCGGAAGGUAAACGAAGAAACCUGUACACAUAAACAUUCUGCUUUCCCAGUCAUUUCAAUCUCUCAUUUUCUUUCUCCUUUUGUGUUACAGUGGCGAGAUGAGCUUGACAAGUUUUGCCAGAGUGAGAACAGUGAACAGGGAAUUCACAAUUGUUGUUCUGUCGGCGAGGCAAAUGAGCGAUACAGCUGUUUCCAAAGCAUUUCUCCUGAUCCACAUUUCAAUGGGACUUCUGCCUCUGAAGAGCCCUCACUGCAUAACAUCUGUGACACCCACAAGAUCAUCAAGAAAAAGUAAGACAUUAACAUCUGAUUGUCUGUUUGUCUGUCUUCUACAGUGCUCUGUAUUUUUUAAAUUUGGUGUUAUCACUUGUCGUUGAAUAAUUACUAUUGUGCGUGAAGAAUAUGCCGUAAGGUGCAUACUAAUGAUAUCUCUGUAUUUCAGGUUCCCUGUUGGGUUUCCUCUCAAAAGUUUUGUUCACCAAUGCUGCCCCCUGGCUGAAGAAGAAAAGAUCAGCUGUUUUGAUCAGAGGGUGAGUUAAAACAGGAAGUGAGUCUGGGCUAAAGAAAUCAAAAGACAAACCUGCUGUGUAACAUUUUAAAACCAAAUUUGAGAAACUAUUCACCCUGCCUUUUCCCAUUGUCUGGGCUUUUUCUCUUUUUUAAUAUCAGCUAACGGAAAUCUCAGGAAACCUGUGUUCAUCGCGGAAGCCGACUCCUCCAGCUGUCCGCCGUUGCUGCCGCAAGCCCUCAACACAAGAUGCUCCUGAGUGCAUCUCGAAUAUUCUCAUGGAUGCAAUCACCAAAGCAACAAAUGUCUUGCGCCAAAAGAAGAAGAAGAAGUGCCCUCUGUCCUAAAACUGCGUAAACUCUUGCUGCUGACCCCUCUGGCACUGAGACAGGCUGGCAAAGUGUUUGGCCAUCAGCAGAGGUGUCUUUUAUUUACUGAAGAGGAACAAGUGUUAAAUCGUGUGUAGAGGUCUGUGAGAAUAUUCAAAAUGUGGACCCAGUUCUAGCUUCAUGCACUUCCAGUGUUUGAUACACAUGACAAUCAUUGUUUUCACAAGAAUAUGUUAACAAAGAAAGAAAACUUCAGUAAAAUUCUUAUUCUAUAAAAACAAACUGUCACUGUACCACUGAUUUUAUAAGCUGCUCUUCACAUUAAUGAUAUUAAAUACGUUUGUUGAUUCCUUUAAGCUGCAAGAUCAGCUCUCUUCCUUUUAUACAGUGUUGUGAUUAUUGAAUAUAUAACAGCUCUAAUAAAAAAAACAUUGUCAAAUGUGGCUCUUGUGUAGUUUUCUGUCAUCAGUUUCAAAUCUUUGUUUGCAGCUUAUUGGAGCCACACUGGAUAGAGAAAAGUAAAUGUGAUAUGAAAUGAGAGGAAGGACUUAGAUGGAUGCAGAAAAGUGACAGCUCAUUAGUUUUUGUUUUUUGUUGUUUUUAUUUCCAUGUGCUGAUGUUCUGUGCUUUACGACUGUUUGUCAAAGCACUUUGUAAACUUCUGGUUUUAAAAGCGCUAUUAAAAUAAAAUAAAAUAAUAGUAAUAAUAAUUACAA